CGACGGUAGGGGAUUUCCAAAAAGCUGGCAACCCAUCCAGCUUGCCGCUUUCGCUGUAGUGACGUUUGGAUUAAGGAAGAGGUAGUGUUUCACGAGCUCAGACGUUGCUAGCAAAGAUGGCGUGUGGUGACAUGCAUAAAUCCAAUCCUGAUGAGUAUCCAUUCUCAAGAUGCAUGGCUGAAAUGGAGAAAGAAAGGGAGUCGUACCUAAGCCCUACAGAAAACCCAUCCACGCUCAGUGUCUCAUCCGGCAUCCAAGCAGAACAGCAAGGCUAUGAUGUUGACUUUGACCCCCCACUGGAGAGCAAGUAUGAAUGUCCCAUCUGUCUGAUGGGAUUAAGGUCAGCCGUGCAGACACCAUGUGGUCACCGCUUCUGCAACAGCUGUAUUAAAAAAUCCAUUAGGGACACAGGGCAGAAAUGUCCAGUUGACAAUGAGGUGCUGACAGAAGACCAGCUUUUUCCAGAUAACUUUGCCAAGAGGGAAAUUCUGUCUCUCACCGUGCGCUGCCGCAAUGUGGGCUGUAAUGAGAUAAUGGAGCUCAGACGCUUGGAGAAUCACUUGACACACUGCAAAUUUGCCACAGUACCUUGCCCCCAGUGUAAGGAGCCUGUAUGGAAGAAUAGUGUAGAGGAACAUAUGAACCAGGACUGUUCACAGCGCCUCAUCACAUGCCCUGACUGUGCAGAGAGCAUCAUCUAUGCUACAAAACAGUUUCAUGAGCAGAUGUGUCCAUUUGUGAAUACAGUGUGUGAGUACUGUAACAUGGAUUUCAUUCGUGGUCAGUUGUUAUCACACUGUGCAACGGACUGCCUGAAAGCUCCUGUUGCCUGUACUUUCAGCAUGUUUGGUUGUCAAGAAAAGAUGCCAAGAAACGACCUGGCACUUCACAUGCAGGAGUUUACACAGAUGCACAUGAGGUACAUGGCCGAGUUCCUGAGGAACCAGGCUUUGAAUGGCAUUUCCCCCCUUACUUCUUCCCAAGGCCCUUCCUGCUUACCCCCAUCUGAGCGUGGUGCUUCUUCCAGGGUGGGGGAGACAUGCCAGUGUUCCCAGGAAAUGCAGCAGCUACGUGAAACUGUUGUGGAACUUGAGGGCCGCCUGGUGCGCCAGGACCACCAACUACGGGAGCUGAGCAUUCGCAAUGAAACACAGGUUACUGUGCACACGCAGGUUACUGAGCUACGCAAAAAGCUGGUAUUGCUGGAAGAGAAAAUGCACGAGCUCGAGGCUCAGCAGUACCAAGGAGUCUAUGUGUGGCGAAUAGAGGGAUUCUCGGCUCACCUUCACCAACAGGAAAACGGACAACCAGUUGUGCUCCAUAGCCCACCAUUCUACACAGGAAAACCGGGCUAUAAGCUGUGCCUGAGACUGCACCUGCAGACACCAAGUGCACCACGAUGCUCUAAUUACAUCUCGUUGUUUGUGCACACAAUGCAGGGUGAGUUUGAUAGCCAGCUCCCAUGGCCCCUGCAGGGCACCAUCCGGCUGUCUGUGCUGGACCAGGCCGAGGGCCAAAACCAUGUUGAGGUAAUGGAGACCAAACCAGACCUGCAAGCCUUCCAAAGGCCCACAGUGCUGCGCAAUCCCAAAGGCUUCGGCUAUGUCACCUUCAUGCAGCUGCAGGCACUGCGCCAGCGAGGCUUUGUCAGAGACGAUGUGCUGCUGGUACGCUGUGAGGUCAUGCCACGUUUUGACACCAGCCUCAGGAGAGAGGGUGUGCAACCUCGGGGACCGGAACCAUCCCUCUGAGGUCAUCUUAAUCACUUUCCUGUUGCCUUACAAGUUCUCAGAGACGUACCCCACUGGUGCAAAGUUUCCUUUUGUUUUAAGAUGUUAUUUUUACAGUACAUUACAUUGUGUAUGAUUCUAAAAUAGCAAGCUAAAACGGCUAUGUCUUAAACUACCACAAACAAAACUGCAUUUUAAAUAUCACAAUUAAUGAUUAAAUAGGGCAUCAUAGAUUCUCCUAAUAACUGAAUAGCAUUUUGUGAAUUAAUGGCAUCUUUCUAAAGGAUAUAGUGGCGUGAAUGUGCUGCCAUAAGUUUACUAUAAGAUAAUUCCUGAUAAUGUAAAAAUUUGUAGAUAUUUUCACUUGACAAAUGAUAGGAUUGUCAUUUCUUUUAAAGUAUGAUAAGACACAACAUGAAGUCACAGCUCCAGAAUAACAGACCAGCUAAAUGAUUUAAACUUUAAGAUGCGCACAAGCCACAAGACUAGCCUGUAUUUACCUAUUUUUAUUUUACAGUAUUUGUAAUGUUUUUUUUGUCACACGUUGAACACAUAAAAUCUGGCUUAAAUAACCAUAUAAAGGGUGACCCAAAAGUCUGGAUCCAUAGGCCAAAAUGUAUUUAAAGGUAUGAAUUAUAUCAGAUGUUAAAAUCAAUGCUGAUUAAUCUUCAGCUAUCAGAUCUGCUGAUGUUGCAUGCAGAUAUAAUUUUCUUCUUUAUUACAACAAUUGUUUUGGAUGAAUUCUGAUUGAAUACUGGCUUUAAAAAAAAAAGUUUAAUGGUACCAGCUUUGGUUCUGUUCAAUCUUUUAUUGUUAGUUUCAAAGAUAUCUUGGGUCUCGAAAAGACCCAAUCGAAAGAAAAAUAUCGGUUUUACUGUGAAUCCAAAGUUUUGGGCUGCCCUUUAAACAAAAAUGCUGACAAAGGACUGAAAACAGCUAUAAUUCAUCUUAAUGUCUAAUUUCUUGUUUAUAUUGUGUUUCUCGUUGAUUUAUGGUUUGAUUUUCUGCCGGAACUAUACCAAUAAACAUUUUAAUAUAUGACAAAUAAA